UAGUGCAAAGAUUUGACGGGAUUUUCUAUAGAGACCUUUGCCGCCAGCGCUCCGAAGCAAGCAGUUGCCGCGAAGAGCACAGCAAUAUCAUUAUUGCUCUCACCGACGGCAACGGCGACACCGAAUCCCUCUCUCAGGUUGCUUAUUUGCGGAGUGUGAGUUGCUCGAAGCUCAAACAGUUAUCUCUAAGAUAUUGUAGCCUGAAAACAGAGUGCAGUCUAGAAAUUUAGCGUUUCAGUUACUGCGAUGGAGGAACACAACAACAUGCGUUGUGAUGAUAGAACAAACAAAGAAGCUUCUCAACUAACUGCAUUGUUGAAGGAAAUGAAGGAUGGAUUGGACACAGUCACAAAUAAAGUCCAGGCUUUAACUGCCAAGGUAAAAUCAAACGAGCUUCCUACAUCAGAUGGGAUAAGCUAUCUUGACGCCAAAUAUUUAUUACUUCUUAACUAUUGCUCUUCACUUGUAUACUAUUUGCUUCGCAAAGCCAAGGGGUUCUCAAUUGAGGGCCAUCCUGUUGUCAGGAGUCUUGUAGAGAUAAGGUUAUUUCUCGAGAAGAUUCGACCUAUCGAUAAGAAGCUUGAGUAUCAGAUUCAGAAGCUGACAAGAGUUUCUGUUGUUGCAAAAGAGGAUGCAUUCGUGGAUGAAAAGGAAUCAGCUACACCUCAGGCUACGGAUGAUCGGUUAAAAUAUCGUCCAAACCCUGACAUGCUUGUCAGUAAAUCAGAAGGGAUUGCUGAGGAUGGAGAUGGUAUAUAUCGUCCACCAAGGUUUGCCCCUACUACUAUGGAUGAAGAUAAGAGCUCUAGGAAGGAGAGAAAUUCCUCGAGGAAGGAUUUAGAGACGCUCCGAAGAGCUCGACAGAGUGAUUAUAUGAGGGAGCUAAUGGAUGACAUGGCUGGGAAACCUGAAGAGAUUAAAGAAAGCAUUGGACUCGAAAAUAGAGAAGUUGCUAGAUAUGUAGCUAAAAUGGACGAACGUGAUCGAAGAGAAGAGGAGCUUUUCACUCGUGCACCGCUUACAAAGAUGGAGAAAAAGAGAGAAAAAUACCUAAAGAAGUCGAGAUAUGGGAUGGGUGGCGUAACCGAUAGUUUCUUUGACGAAGUAAAAUCGAUGCCCUUGGGAGGUGCUGAUGACGAGCAACCGACCAGUUUUGGUAGUAGUAGAGGCGGAAUGAGAAAAUAUAAGAAGCGCAAGGGCAGGCAUUGAAACCCCGGGCAGCAUCAGGAUGAUGGGAAGUGUUACUUCUGGCUAAACUUGUACGUCGAAGUGAAAUUUAUAUUGUUUUUACCCUUUUUUUUAAUGUAAUCUUUUUACCCUUCUUUUCAUAUAUGUUAUUAGCCCGGAAACGAAUAUUAGUUUGUUGACUCCUCGAGAUACCCAAGUCGAUUAGAUGCAUCCUUUGUUUACUCAAAA